GUUUGCGGAGGAUGGGAAUGCGGUGGAUCUUCCAGCGAUGCCAAGGAAGGCGCGCACAGCGAUUGGGAAGCGUCCGCACGAGGCAUCGACGCCACCGGUGGCGGAGUCGCCGGGGCACACGGGAGGAGUAGGGGGAGGGGCUGCGGCUCCAUCGAGCACGGUGUCAUCGUCAUCGAUAGCGUCAUUGAAGGCGGAAAAACGGACGAAACCAAGCGCAUCGAAACAGCGGGCUCACAAAUUGCCGAAGGUUACAGCACCAUCUUUGGUGUCGGAGCAAGAAGUGGAAGUGGCGGAGGCCUUGUUCGACCUGGCAAGAAUGUUCUCGCAACCUGCUGCAGCCGUAGUGGAAUCUAAGACCGAGAUAAAAGUGAUACAUAAUGACCUGAAAUUUGAAGCAAAAUUAGAUAGGAAAGUUUCAGCCGGUUCCGGAAGCAGUCUACCACCCCAACCAUCUAAUUCUGCAGCCGUUGCUUCAUCAGUUUGGAAUGCAGCUCCCGCCUCAGGUGCAGCUGUUGUUGGAACUGUCAAGGGUACUUCGCCUGUUUCAGCGUCUGCCGCCUCACCCAUUCCUUCACCUCCAGUAGCGGCUUCAAGCGCAGAGGUUGUGAAACGUAAACGACCUAGGGUGAGAGCUCGAACCGAAGAAGGUUCCGUGCCGCAGUCUAAGACAGGUCCUAAUACAACGAGUACUGUGGCAAAUCCUUCUGGAACUGGCGCAGCUCAAGUGAAAGAUGCGGAUCAAAGCUCAAACAAAGUAUCAGUUGUGGACAGAAUUGUUUCGAAAGUGGAGAGUAGUACCACAGUGACACCCGCUGUGUUUGCGAGCCCUACCAAUGUUGCAAUUUCGUCAAGCAGCACACACAGUAUAGCAGUCGUACCGAGUGGCGUUGCCGCUGCUGGUCCUACAGCCACGGCAACUGAAGGUGGUGCAGUUGGUGGUGCAUUCCCACGUGCGGAUAAGUCUAUUGUGGAAAAGAAGGUUUCGCAAUUGGAGAAGAAGACUUCGCCUGGUGGUGGAAAAGCGGAUGUAGCAAACUCCAACUCGCAAGAAGAGAAGGCUACGAGUUCUCCGGUUCAGGAGAAGAAGAUUUUGGUAAGUGAGUCGGCAGGCCAUGGAACAAUCGCGAAAGUGGAGUUGGAUCCAAUUCUGAGCACCAGCAUUGCUGUGGAGGAAGUAAUCACUAAGAUGGAGCCCGAGAAGAGGCCUUCUCUGCCGCCAGCAGAUGUGGAUCGCGCACCAAAGCGAGAAAUUGACCUCAUGGUGGCUCCAACCAACUUGGAAGAUGCGUCGAGCCCUGAGAAGGACGGUGACAGUGAGGAAUGUGAUGUCCGGGAUGCAACAGAGAAACCUGCGGUUGAUUUGGUUAUUACACCAGGUGUACGUGAUGCUCUGGCGGAUAGAGAACAAGAAAGAGAAGUCUCCGAGCGAGCAGAAAGGGACAAAGUGAAAGAACAGGAGAAAGAGAAAGAGAAAGAGAAACAGAGGCAACAAGAAUUGGAACGUGAUCGUGACGAAAACGAGCGUCGACGCGAGGCUGACAAUCAGAGAGAGUUGGCAAAAGACACGUCAAAAGAGCGGGAAAUAGAUAAGGAAAGGGAACGGUCGGAAAUUAGCAAGGUGGGUGUGCAGAGAUCGAGUAAGGUCAUGAAGGGUGAAAAUGGAAGGACUUCAAGGACAGAACGAGCAGGAUCAGCCGUUGCGACCACCGCAUCACAACUACUUGUCCCAGUUCCUCCUGUACCUACCACUUGUCCUUCUGGUUUGGGCGCGCAUGUCGCGGCACUCCCUAUGUCCAUGGGAAUGCUUGGCUGGCCUGCAGGAAUGCCUGGUAGCAUCCCUGCUAGCUUAGGAUACUAUCCUACGGCAGCGGCAGCGGCAGCAGCAGCGGCGGCACUUUCUGAGGAAAGUUCUCCUGCUAUUCAGUUGCCAUACAUCGUGCCUCCACGACCACAAUUGAAGCGCUGUGCUUUGCACGUGUACAUUGCACACUUCAUUGACGUGCAGCAGCAGUUGAAUCGGCAUCAGACAUUCUUCUCGGUGCCGAACCAGGGGUACCCGAAGUCGUACAACUUGAACGUGCCUCUGGGUCCGUCGGAUGGUGUAUUUGGAGGUAGUCCCAUGAUGGGUGCUGCUGGCGGAGCAGUUGCGAGCGGCUCUGCAGGAGGCGGCGCCAAAAUGGAGGCGACGGAUCGCGGGUUGAAUGCUGCCGCGAUGGCUGCAGCAACAGCGGCGAGCGUGCAGGGAGCGAAAGAGCGGGGAUACAACUUGGAGAUGGUGGGACGGAAAUCGCCGGGGCGGCAGCAACACGGCGGGCAGCAGGCAGCGGCAUUGUCUUUGCAGAGUGGGUUGAUGUUGGGGUUCCCCGUGACUCAGAGCGCGAGCCCGUGUGGCGCGGGCGGUGGUGGUGGGGGAGGUGCGGCGGGAGCAGGGACAGUGGGGGGAGCGAAUGUGAACUUGGUGGGUGGAGGAACGUUGGGUGGGACGAGCGCGGUGGGAGGGAGCAACUCGGCAGUGAUAUUGGGGCCGGGUGCGGUGGGUGGUGCAGGGAGCAACGGAGGGGUGACGUCGGCAGCAGUGCAAGCUCAGUACAUGCAGGCGAUAAUGCAGCAGCCGCAGGGAUAUCCGUUCGGGCAGUUCCCGGGUCCUUUUGGGCCGGCUGCGUUCAAUGGGCCGGCGGCUCACAUGGGUGCCCAGCAGGCAGCGGCACAGUUGUCUGCGGCGGGUGGGACGUACUUCUGCGCAUCACAUGGGUCAGCAGGCGGGACAAGGGGGUCGUGGGUUCCAGUGGCGGGGUCUGGAGCGCACGGUCCGCGGAGCCAGUCACCUUCGCAAUCGGUGCAGCAACAGCAGCAGCAGCAGGGCGGCGGGCACGGGGGUGGUCGGGGAAGUGAGAGGGAGAGUUUGGGGGAGAACGGGUCGUCGAUGGUGCGUGGGUCGGGAAUGUACGGGCAGGCAGUUCCGAGUGCGUCGGCGGGGUCGGCGAGUCCGAGUGUGAACGGCGGGGGUGGAGGUCACGGAGGCGGGGAGUACAAUCUGAUGGUGGGGUUGGGGAAGGUGUCGAAGUCACGGGAGACACAGGCGCAGGCGCAGGCGCAGGCGCAGGCGGGAAGUCAGCAGCAGCAGCAGGGGGUAAAUGGUCAAGGUGGAGGGUCAGGUGGGGGCGGGGGGAGCGUGGUGCAGCAGCAGGGGGGAGGGGUUGGAAAAGGAGCGGAGGGGGGGUCGAGUGGGGGUUAUGGGAUGAGCAUGGGGGGAGCGAUGAACAGAGGGGCAUCAGUGGGGCCGGGGCCUCUGGGAUUGGCUCCGGUAGCGGCAGUGAUGGCACCGCAAGGGCAUGCGAUGAUACAGGGGGUGGCGGAGGGUGGGAGAGGGCAGGGCGGUGGGAGUGGACAUCAGCAGAUGGGUGGAGGCUCAGGUCAUGCAAGUAUGCUACAGCAGCAACAGCAGCAGCAUUUCAUGCAGAUGCAUCAGGCGCAGCAGCAGCAGCUUGCGCAUGCCCAACAUUCGCAAAUGCAGCAGCAGCAGCGUUCUGUUCAAAAUACGAGAAGUGCUGCUGGCGGCGUGGAGGAUAGUCGUGGUGCCUCAGAUGGGGCCUAUCCUGGUGGCGUUAGCCGUUUGCCCGAGCGUGAGGGCGGGGACGAGAGGAAGUUACAUGGCAAGAGAUCGUCUGGAUCAGCAUCGACUUUGUCCAGAGAUGUGGACAGCGCUGGUGGGAUGCAGUCUCAUUCAAUUGGGGGAGGCGGUAUGGCUUCCUCUCGGAUGGUUGGCACUUCUUUGAACCUCAUGGCUCCAACUACUGCUAGCAUGGCACCGAAACCUACUGGGCAAUCCGCUGGUAUCAGUGGAGCUUCUCCUAUGCAGUCGCAUUUGAUAACGGGGUUGAAGCCAGGAGGUGGUAGAUCUAAGGGGAGUGGAGUGUCUGCUCCAGCAGCCUCAGUUGCGCCGCGUAUGUCAACGCAGCCUUCUUUUACAGAGCGUAACGCCGCAGUGAGUGGAUCAGUUGCCGGUAAGGCGGGUCAGAGCAUUCCAUCUGGUCAGGGUGGGAAGUCAGGUCCUCCUGUGCAGCAAAUGCAGAUGAAGCUUAAUCAAAGGCCUGCACCAGGACCUCUGUCUGCUUCGAAUGCAGUUCCUGCAGGUCAAGGGACUCACCUGCAGGAAGCGUUAGCGGCUGCGAUGGCGAAGAAUCCGCAAGGUCAGCAGACCCAUCGGGCAACGCAAGGGGGUGGUAAUGCAAGUGCUGGGUCUAGUCCUAGAAUGGGCACACCAGCGGCGGCGGCUUCUUCCGUGUCCUCGGGUACUGUUCCAGUUCCAUUGUCUCCGAUGGCUCUGCCAACUAAGAGUUCUGGUCUAAAUCCAGGAAAAAGUAAUUCUUCUCAGAAAUCUUACCCGCUGACACAGAAAGGAAAUGCCGGUGCAAGUGGUGGCGGGGGGAAGCGAUCAUCUUCUCCCUCCUCAGGAGUUCCUGUGCCCUCGAUUUUGGGUUCUAGUCUUCUUUCCCAGAGCAUGUCCGGUAAAAGCUCGCAGCAAUCCCACAUGCAGAUUCAAGGGCAAGGGCCAGGCCAAGCGCCAGGACAAAGUCAGGGACUGCAGCAGCAUGUGGGUGGUCAGUCUCAAGGACCGACACAGGGACAGGGAGCUUCUCCCCAAUUGCAGCAGCAGUUACUUCAGCAGCAACACAAGCAGUCGUCGUAUGUACAACAACAACAACAACAACAACAGAUGAUGAUCCGCCAGCACGUGUAUCAACAGCAAUUUCUUCAUCAACAACAACAUCAAUCACAUCAACACUUGCAUCAGCAUCACCAACAGUCUGGUCAUCUACAGGAUUCCCAAGCUGGCCCUCCACAUUCCCAAGUGUCUCAACAUGCUCCAUCAUACCACCAGCAGUCUGGGCAUCAGCAGCAGCCUGGUUCAGGUUCUCAAGCGCAGCAGGUUCAUUCCCAACAACAAAUGCAGCAGCAGCAGCACAUGCAGCCACCACAGCAUGCAUCUCAUCUGCAGCAGCACCAACAAGCAUCGUCUCAUCAACAGCAGCAGUUCGGUAUUCCCGGCGGGAACGGUAGCUUGGCAAUAAGCUCCGGGCUUUCACUGGGCGCGGGGAACACGGGCAGUGGCGUGGGGGGUGGGCGGAGCAGCACGAACUCCGAUGGUGGGGGAGGGGCCCCGAAUGGGAGGGCGGUUCAGUCUACGAAGCAAGGAGGGGGUGGCGGUAUUCCAGGAGGACAGCGGGCGAGCGGCGGGCCGGGAUUUCUGCAACAAUAUGGAAGCGGCGGUGGGGCGUCGUCAGGUCAGCAGCAGUCGGGGAGCCCUCGGAACAGCGCAGCGUCGGGGUAUUCACAGGGGAACUCGAACUCGGGGGCAGCGGGAAGAGCAGGUAAUGGAAAGGGAGAUGGUGGUCAGGAGCAGGCGAACGGGAUGCGGAUGGCGAAAGGUGGAGCGCAAGCAAGGGGUGGGUCGACGAUGGGAAGCGGUGGGGGGAUGCAGGGUUCGUCGCAGCGAGCGGAGGGGGUUGGGGGAGGUGGGAGUAAAGCGGGGGGUGGGGGGUUGAACAGUUUCGGGGAUAUUGUGCAGUCACGGACGAGUGUGAUGAUGACGAGCCCGAGCGGCGGGGCACAGGGUGGUGGGAGUAUGUCGAACGGGCAGAGCAACAUCAGCAAUCCAAAUGUACAGAGUGGAGGAGAUGGAAGGCAUGGAGUGAACGGAGGCGGUGGUGGUGGUGGUGGAGGCCAGAACCAAGGUCACGCAACGUCAGGAACGUCGAUGGGGGGCGGUGGCGUGGUAGCUAGUGGUCCAGUAGUAGCGGUGCUGGGUGCUCAGCCUCCGACGAGUGCGGUGCAGCAGUGAAUUGGUGGAGAGUUGGGGGAGGAUAUAGUUAUGCCUGCAAUUGUCACGAUGCAGAGGAGAGAAGCGGAGUGUUGGUGAUUCAGAUCGUUUUGUGAUGAGCUAGUGCUUAAGAAUUUCGCGACCUUGUCUUUUUGCAGUUGGUGCUUGGUCGUAUAGCAGUACAUGGGAGCACCAUGUAGAUUCGGAGGUUUCUUUACUGGGAUUGGAACUUGGCAUGUGUCCCAUAUGCCUCGAGCUUCGAUCGGCACCUUGUGUUCUGGGGGAGUCUGCCCGAUUUGGAGCCGAAAUCUGAUAUGUUUGAUUCUUUCUCUUCAGGUCGUAGCGUAUGUGCAAGACGUAGAAGUGGUUUGUCUACUGUUGUGCAGAUUGAGACGGGAGUGAUUUUUCACGUACAUAAUAUUUUACAUGUGACGAUUUUGUAGGGAUAGAUGGGUUAUUGUAAAAGCAUGUACAAUUAGGGUGUUUCACACCAUUGCAGUGGGCUUUAAUUGCGCAUUGGAGUUAUACUAAAAUGAAGCGGACAAUAUUGGCAACCCUGGAGAAUUUUACUGGGGUUUGCAUUUUCGAGCAUGAUCUGCGAAUUUUUUUAGACAAUUUCAAAAACGUCGCAUGGUGUGAGUUGUUCCGUCUUUA